UCCACACACUAGUUAAAAAUUCUGAUUCAGUUAAAUGAAAAUGAUUUUCAUUUUUACCAAUAGUGUCAAACUUGUAUUCUAGUUAAUUGGCGGUCACAAUCAUCUAUUAGUUGCGAUGUCUAGUGAUAUGCAACCUUCGUCAAGUUCUUCGGAGUUCCCGGUUGAUGUGCAUCGUCAAAUUGAUGCCGCAGGAUAUUACAAAAAAUAUCUGCGUCAGAAUGUGCGUCCAGAUGGUAGGAAGCUCCGUGCAUUCCGUACUGUUAGCGUGUCGGACCUAGAGGGAAGAUAUACUCCUCCAAAUCUACUUGAGGGAGAUGGAGCUGUGAUAUCAUCUACACGCUUGACGUUAGGAGAUACACAUGUUUAUUGCAGUGUUAAAGCGCUUCCUGUUUUUUGUGAAGUAAUAAUGCCUCCUUCGUUAGGUAGUGACGAUUUGCUAUCUGUGGACAUUGAGUUACCGAAGCAAGUACAAUCCUACAUAUAUGAUGCUAAUGGGCACAGUGCUAAUUUGAAUUUUAGCAUUGCAUCUAUGUUGUCUAAUGUUCUCAAUAGUGAUGAUCUUAUACCGAAAUCGCAGUUCCGCUUUGAGGAUAUUUUAAAAAGAGUCACUAGUCAAUCUACAGACGCUGUAUGUAAAUACCUAUCUCAGCGCAACUUGAUAUGGAAGUUUGAGGUGUCUAUUGUAUGCGAAGAAUACGAUGGCAACCUUACUGAUUCGUGCGCUAUGGUUGCUUCAUUUGCAUUGAGGAAGGCAAUGCUCCCUAUUGUGCUUCUCGACAUCAGCAACACUUCAGGCUCUUAUAUCAUACGUGCUAUUGACCAAAAGCUUAUAGAGAGUGCUUUGUCUGGGGAUGCCGAGGUUAUGAAGCUGCUCCAUAACAACAGGCGAUCAAUAGAGCAGCAGUUAGGAAUAGAAUUGGAGAAUGACAACCUGGUUGACUAUUUAUCGCAGAAUAUAUUGCCCGGUUCGUAUGUUGGAAUACCGCUUACAAUUACCGCAUUACCAUUUACUGUAACCUUUUUGCGUUUCAGUGAGGAAACAUUUUUCGUUGAUCCAACUAGCGAGGAAGAGCGCCUCGGGACAUCAGUGAGUGUAUAUUGCUUGAGUUUGUCUGACGGUUCAUUCGUUACACAACCAUUAAACCUAACGUGUUGUCCCGGUAUCUCAUCGGACAUAUACUCUGGCUUGAAGGCAGUGGCACUUGAUGUUAUAAGCUGCAUUUCAAACAGUGACAUUUAAUUUAAAGUCAUUUUAUCGGCAAGUU